UUCUAGACAUUGGAAACCGCUGCAGGUUCGCCAAGUGUUUUCCAAAGAGGUCUUUGGGCUGUUCCGUUGGUAUUGUUCGACAGACAGACAGGCUUUCGAGGUUGAAGAAACCAGAAAUAUUCAUAUUGUUAAAUGACUUGUUAGAUCCAGCUGAACAAGACCAGCUUGUCGGGGAGUUGUGUAACGGUGUGUGGUUCUGUUGGAAAAAGUCGAGAAGGUCAAGCCCAAACUGCGGAGGCGGGGCCUCGCUGCAGUACAUCCACCAGAUGAAGAAGCCAUACCUUGCUUCCAUCUCGUCUUCCAUCCCGUCCGUCAAUCAAUCAAAUCAACAUACGUACCUUGCAUAGACUCAACUGUCGGCAUCCGUGAUACCCAUCAACUCGAGGCAAGCCGUCAUCAUGAUUCACGUCUCACGUCUGCAGUGAUGGUCCUCCAAAAAGGUCUCUCUGUCUUCCUUGCUGUCGGGGUCAGCCAAUUGCCAACGCAGACAGAGAGACAAAGUCACGCGAUUGUUAGCAGUGCUUCUAGCGCGGCACAGGCCGGUUGCAAUAGAAAAGGCGGCUGCAAGUCUCAUGCGGUCCCGUUGCUGCAAUGCAGGCUCUGCAUCACCACAUCAUCGCCAUCAAACCGCUUCAGGACAGAGGCCGUGAUCGCAGACCCUGACCGCCAAACUACAAAAGAGAGAAUCCAGCAACCUGCGACGAGCUGCGAUUCCUUGCGAGCCAUGUUCCAGUCUCUUUUUGCCAAGCGUCCAAGGUGUCCAUUUUUUUUGGUGGAGAAUCGCCAUCACACCAUGGGCGCAUCAAUGCAGCAGGGCUGUGGUUGACUGCUGGGGCUGAUGAUAAUUCCGCCGUAGAUCGUUGAUCAGGCAUCAAUCCAAGGGCGAGAGAGUAAUGUACAUAGGCGAUGCCGAGCGGGAGGAUAAUCCGUUGAAAUUGGGCGUGUGGGAACUGGAAAGAGAUGUGUGCUGUUCGCAUCAUAAUAUAGGGUUUUUUUCUCCCUGCGAUCCCUUCAUUUCCGAAGUGCUCGGUGGCAAUGGUACACAACACAUCGAGACACACAGAG